CGCGGCUGGGACCUCCCCGGCCCUCCCCACCCUCCCUACUUCUGGUCUCCCAUCAAUCCAUCUGUCAAUCUGCCCACCUGCCGCGCCCCCCGGGCUGAGGUAGGAGGUUGUAUAGUUGAGGAAGACACCCGAGGAGAUCACUAUACGGCCUCCUAGCUUUCCCCAGGCUGCGCCCUGCACUGGAAGGGGCCGGCGGGGACCCCAGGUCCACACCACUGGCCAAGAGUUCCUGAUAGGAGCUGGGGUGUCUUCUCUGUUCACAUUCUAUCCUAUCCCUUUUCUUUGCAGUCUCUAUGCCAUCUUGAGAUUUUCGAGUUUUCUGUCUCUGUCUCUUAUGCCAAUGUCUCUAGGGUUCUAGAAGCUUCUGUUUCUCUAGUGCUGUGAAUGUAUCUCUGUGACACUGGGUUUCUGAGCUUUUUGAGGUAUCUCCUGGUUCCUUUCUAUCUUCUGGGGCUUAGGGUACCUCUGUUUCUGUCUCUCUUCCCCGUUCCCACCUCUGGGGAAAAGGGUUUUUCUGGUCCACCUUAGCUACAUUGCCGGCCUCUGGGUCCCUGAGACCCUUUAACCUGUGAGGACGUCCAGGGUCACAGGUGAGGUUCUUGGGAGCCUGGCGCCUGGCUCAGCCACAAAUUUAGGGAUUUCAGGUGACCCCUGGCAACCUUCCUGUAGAUGGAGCCUGAUGCUUGACCAUCAUUUGAAACUCAAUCUCUGAUCACAGGCUCCCCCUCCCCCACAAUGACCUCACAAAGGUUACUAUCUUCUCCUCCGACCCAGAGACCCUCUGUUAUGGGUCUUAUUUCUUUAGUAGGGAGCACUGUCCUGUUGUUCCUGCUGAUCUUCAGGGCAUCCACGUGGGCCUGUCUCUUCUGCUUCACUACCUAUGAGGAACGCCUCCGUGUCUGCCAGCUGUUUGUGGGCAGAGAGGAAACCAAGAUAAGCCUGUGUAGAGAUGAGCUUGAAGGGGCUUUUGAGGAUCUCAAAGACACGAAAAUCAACUAUGAUGAGAGGAGCUACCUGCAUGAUGAAUUUACACAGAUGACAGUUUCUCUUCACGAGAAGGCUGCUAGACGGGAGCCCUUUUGGCUUGCCUUCAAAGAUGCUGCUAGAAAAUUGAAGAGGACCAUUGAACACCUUAAAAAAGCCCCGGCCUGCAUCCCUCCUUGUGGUGUCCAGGAGGUGGCUAGGCUUUUCCACUGCUCGGGCUGCUUUUCCAAACUCUGCGAUCUGCCUCUAGAUUGUCCAGGUGAGAGGGUGGGCAAGGCUGGGAUGCCACGAGGAGGGGCUUGUGCGGACUUACAAGAGCUAUCCGGCCUCUUUCCAGUUCAGGACAUGUUGGUGAACCGAGGGGACCAGGCUUUGUUUUCUUGUAUCGUGGCUUUCCAGUUGCCAGAGUCGGAGAUCACUUAUUCCUGGAAAUUUGUGGGAGGUGUCCGAACUAGGGACGUUACCUACUUCCGUGAUAUGCCGGGGGCUCACGGGUACCUAGCACGAAUACGGCCAGUGCAACCCAAACAUGGUGGGACCUUUUCCUGCGUGAUCCUGCACGACCAGCGCCCCCUGGCGCGGCUCUACUUUUAUCUGAACGCAGUGACGGGCCCUCCUCCGCCUGAGGACACUGAGCUCCAGGUCACGUUCCGGGAAGUGAUGAAUUGGACGCCGGCGGAGCCGGAAAUGAUCCAGCCCUGGAGGCCCAGCCUAGGCGAACUACUUACCAACCCCCAGGCUCUGACGCUUGGCAACCUAUUCCUGCUCGCGGCCACCGCUGCACUUGGGUCUGCCAGUGUUACUCUGCUAGUGUGGCUGUUUUUUCGAUGGUACUUAAGUGGCAACUAGCAAAUCCUGAUCCUACAUCUGUCCUGGAAAUAAAGUAUAUAUUUUAGUUCGUUCGUGGGUGUUUGCUUGCUUUUAAAAGUCACUGCUUACCACCGAUAGGUGAGGACCUGACAAAAUACCUUCCAAAUACUCAGGUGAAUAUGGUGACGGGAUACACACUAUUUUAAUUUGGGAGGCUCAUUCUGGAGGACUUUGGGCAUCAGCUGAAACCCUUUUCUGUUCUCUAGCAGAUUUCUUUAUAUUUCCAUCCUUAGAAAAUACCCUCAGAGUACUACUAUAUGGUAACUGCCACCCAUAAAAAACCAAAAUAACAAAAGACCACCACCAACAAAAAAACAAACUUUCCCUAACCUUUUCUUUAUAUCAGAAAAAGCACUUACAGUUUUCUACUAGCAGAAACCACUGAGCAACACUCCCAGCCCUUCACUGGGUGAAUUCUAGGCAAGAGCUGUACCACCAUGCCACACCCUAUCCAUUGCUGAAGUAUUCUAGGAAGUAGCUCUAUCACUGAGUUAUACUUCCAACCUCUCUCACUAGGCAAUAGCUCUAGCAGUGGGCUACACCUCUAACCCCUUAUUGUGAGUUCUAGAUAAGUACUAUACAGCUGGAACUACCUGCCUAGUCUGGUUUCUUGCGUGUGUGUGGGAUUGAAUAAAUAUGUGUACAUGAAUGUUCAUGUAGAAGCUGGAGGUCAAUACCAGUGCUAUUUGUCAGUCAAUUCACUGUUUUGUUUUUUUGUUAUAGGGUUUCUCAAUGGCUGAGACUUGCCUGGCUAGGCUUGCUGGCCAACCUUUGUCACCACCUCAACAGCUCUAGAAUUUAAGUGUAAGCUUUUUAUCUGCAGAUUCUAGGGAUGGACUCAGAUAUUAAAUACUAGUUUCCAAUCCAGUAUUUU